UAAAUUUUCGGCCCAAAAUUUGUAAAUUCAACUAAGCAUAAUUUUUGGUUCACCGUUUCAUUUGUAUUCAAAAUUUUAAUGCCUGUUUGUUUUGCACAAUGCAUCUAGCCGGGCAUACGCGCCAAUCUAUCGCGCCUUCAGUGCGCUGCAUGUUGAAUACCUAUGCUUUGAUGAGCCGUCAAUUAUUGACACAGUCACAAGCCUUCGGAAUAUCGCCCUCUAUCGAUCGGGCCCUACGUAGUCCUGUAUGUGGGGCCAGAAAUGGACUCCUCGUGCAGCAGACACGUCACUACGACUCGUGCAUUCCCAAGGAGGAAAGCAAGUGCGGCCCCAAGAGCCUGAAGAAAAACGUGUGCGAUAAGAAAAAGAAGAAGAAGAAGCCAAAGAAGAAGAAGAAGCCAGAAUUUAAGUCCAUGUGGUAUAUGGAAGGUUGCGAGCCGGAACCGCGCUGUGAGUUUGAUUUCGAGCGGUUCGACGUUGAGCACUAUCGCAUUUCGGACAAGAACCGCAAAUAUCAGGUCACAUGGAACGAAUGUCCGCGGCUGGUCAUCAAACCGAAGAAAGUCUGCAUCUACGCUAAUAUGAAACGACCCAAGAUUAAAAGACGGAAGCGGCCAUUUCAGAAGCCCGCUUGUAAGACGCAUAGGCCGAUGCCGUGCAAGAAGCCGAAGCCGGAGACUUCAUGCCCAAAAGUAUUGAUGCCAUGCUGUAAACCAGCCCGAGACCCGCCCAAAUGUUCCAAGCCAACGAACAAACGAGAAAAAUGCGAAAGAAAGAAGGCGCCAUAUCCCAGCUUUUCGGAAUGCAAGAAAGAUCCUCCCAUACCAUUGCCACCCAACGAAUGCCACUGCCUGGAUUCUGUCGCGCUGUGCGAGGCCUGGGAAGAGCUGCGACGAAGACUUGCACGAGGCCGGGAUAAGUGGAAGUGCGGACAACCAUAGAUAUGCACAAAUUAUAAAUAUUUAAAUUGAAAAAAAAAAAUCCAAAAAUAAAUAAUUUGAGCUCAAAACUGAA